CGCUAAUCGACCCUCGUCAUUAGUUUGGCUUUUGCAGUUCUCUGCGCAUUUUCAAUAGCAAUUUGGAAAACAACCAACAACGACGACGACGACGACGAGGACAGCAAGGACUUUUACCAGAUGCUGGAGCUGUAUGGCUGGCAGAUGGUUCCAUCAACCGACGGUUGAGGACAGGACGCAUUUCUGAUUUGCCUCUCUUUUUUAACACGCUUAAACCUAAUCGCCAAUCCGAUAUAUUUUGCUCAUCUCGACACCUAAUCCGCAAAGCAAAUCCCGUCCAACCCCUAAACGUAAAGUAAAAUGUCAGAUUACCACCAUACAUCUCCUCGAUCCCUCUUGUCACGCAUCCCAAGCAUUCGAUUCUUGUUCACUCGCCAGUGGCUCCCAAUAUGGAUACUCAGCGGAAUGUCAUUGCUUGGGCUAGUGAUAUUCCUCCUGUUCCAUGAACAAAUAAUUGCAUUCUUGACCAGCUUUGCGGCCCUGAUACAUGGGAUGGGAUUUGGGGGAAUGCUUUUAAUGAUCCUUUUACUCUUUCUCACCUGCUUCCCACCGCUAGUGGGCUACGGCACUCUUCUCUACAUGUGUGGAUUUAUUUAUGGGUUCCCUCUAGGAUUCGUUCCGGCCUAUAUUGGUGCCUGGACUGGGGGGAUAUGCUGUUUCGUAGGAGCAAGGUGGUGGAUGGGGAAUUAUUAUAGAUCCAAGAUUUUGAGUUCUUUUCCAAAGUUUAAGGCCAUUGAAGAGGCUGUAGAGAGUGGGGGCCUUAAGCUAACCACUGUGAUCCGCCUCGCACCGUAUCCAUUCAACGUCAUGUCUGUCUUAUUCGCCACGACCUCUGUCACCUUUACCCGCUACACCCAAGCUACCAGCUUAGCUUUAAUUAAAAUCAUCCUCCACGUCUAUAUCGGCUCAACAGUCCGAGAUCUCGCCGAAACAAACAAACUGACUCCCGCUCGUGUGUUUGCCCUCAGUAUAGGUCUCGUAAUUGCCGCUGGGGUCUUCAUCUAUCUCACACUUUUGGUACGACGUGUAUUGAGGGAAGCCCAUAUUGUCGAUGAAGGUGAAGAGGUGCCUCUGCAUUUGGAAGAGCCAGACGAUGUGGAAUUGGGUGAAAAAGCAAAGAAUAGCGAGGAUGAUGAUAAUCCUAUGGACGGAGCGGGCGGUAGCCGUCAGUCAUCGGUAUUUGCAAUGUCGGAGGAAGGACGGGGGUUACUGCACACAGGCAUGCAAGGGCAGUGGAUGUAGUUUCCUUUAGUAGUAUGAUAGGCAUUAAGUGAUAGACGUACGCAUGUUCCCCCUAUUUACAAAGCCUAGCUAGUUAGAAAAGAAUGCCAUGCUUUCUUUACAUCAUUGAUCGAGACAUGUUGCAGCGAGGAAAAAUCGCCUACUGUCGUGGCAGCUAAGAAUCAUU